AUGGCAGGUGGUGGAAAAAGUGGCAAGACCAAGGGAAAGAGGAAGUCUUCGUCCGCACAACACGGGUGGUGGAAAAAGUGGCAAGGCCAAGGAAAAGAGGACAUCUUCGUCCGCACAACAGGGGUCCAGUUCGCCAUCGGUCGUAUCCAUCGUCUCCUGAGGAAGGGCAACUACACCGAACGCGUUGGGUACAGAGCCCUGGUUUACCUGGCAGCAGUGCUCGAGGUGCCGCGCAACGCCGCCCGCAACAGCAAGACGAGGAUCAUUCCCCGUCACUUAUAG